AUGAUCCAUUCGAAAAAUACAAAUCCCAACGAAGCGCUCGAGGUGGGCUUCCGAGCUUCAGAUCACGCAAGAAAGUCCAAUGGCGCCUAUUCGGCACCCGGAUCAGUUUCCCAUGUAAAACCGGCACCUGUUGGAAGACCACCAAAGCCGAAACCAGCCAAGGAUACGAGACAGAUAGGCAAAGAGAAGGCUACGUUAGUAAUGCUUGUUCGAAAUUCAGAGCUCAAAGAUGCCCUUGGCUCUAUGAAACAGAUCGAGGAUCGAUUUAACCGUCAUUACCAGUACCCUUGGACCUUCCUUAACGACGAGCCCUUUACCGAAGGGUUUAAAAAUCAUACCACUCGGAUGGCGUCAGGAACGACAGAGUAUGGGUUGAUUCCCAAAGAGCAGUGGAGCAUGCCGGAUUGGAUCUCUGAAGAUAAGUUCCAGAAAGUCAUUUCAAAAAUGUCGAAGGAGAAUGUGAUAUAUGGCGAUUCUCGGACUUAUCGACAUAUGUGUCGCUACAACUCUGGCUUUUUCUUCAGAGACAAGCUUCUAGCCAAGUACGACUGGUAUUGGCGUGUGGAACCAAGCAUCGGGUUCUACUGCGAUAUGACCUAUGAUCCGUUCACAUUCAUGCGCGAAAAUAAGAAGAGAUAUUCAUUUGUGAUUUCGUUACCGGAAUAUCUCCCGACAAUUGAGACACUGUGGAAGACAACUCAGGAAUUCGCCAAGCUGCAUCCGGAGCAUAUCGCAAGAAACAAUUCAUUGGGCUUCAUAGCAACUGACCCCGAUAAAGGAAUUCAAGAAACCGACUACAAUCUUUGCCAUUUCUGGUCCAAUUUCGAGAUUGCAGACCUCAAUUUCUGGCGAGGAGAAGCAUACCAGAAGUACUUUGAAUUCCUUGACAAAAAAGGGGGGUUCUACUACGAAAGAUGGGGCGAUGCACCUGUUCACUCUAUAGCGGCUGCUCUGUUCCUCCCCAGGGAUCAGAUCCACUUUUUCGGAGACGUUGGCUACAAACACGUUCCAUGGGGUCGAUGCCCGCUGGAUGAUGAAAGCCAUGAUACUGCAAGGUGCAUGUGCCCUUUUGACCGCAAGGAGAGCUUUGACUACAAUCAAUGGAGUUGCCAGAACAAGUGGAACAAAUUCUGCGGAUUUCCUGAAAACCCUAUAUAUGAAUGAGCAACCCAUUAUCGUACUAUUUCAUGACCGUUUUUAUUCUUGCCCUGAUAAAGUUAUUCUUUUACACCAAGAGGAAUCGUAGUUUAGAAGGGUAGCUCAAGGCAUUUCUUUAUUUUAGUUUUGCGCUUUUCCCCAUUUAUUUUCUUCACAAAACGGCGUUAGUAAAUGGGAAAAAUGGGGUCAUAGGAAAGUCAAAAACGCAUACUGCGCAAAAAAUGAUCGACAAAAAAAAAA